AUGUGCGACAUGAAGAGGGAAAUAGAGAAGGAGAGAGGCAUGUGUGAAGCUCAGAUUGAGAACAGAACAACAGGUUGCAGUGGGACGUGGGACAAGAUCACCUGCUGGCCCAGUGCUGACAUCGGAGAGGUGGUUACCAUUCCUUGCCCAAAAUUUCUCUUCUACUUCUCCAGUGAUGCCCUAACACGUAACCUGUCAAAGACCUGCGCUGAGGAUGGCUGGACUCCAGUCAGCAUCGACUCCUACAUAAUGGACUGUGGAUACAAUCCCAACAGCACCAUGGAUGAUGAUACGGUCAGUGGAGAAUUCUUCAACGCCAUCAAAGUGGGUUACACCAUCGGUCACAGCGUGUCGCUCAUUUCUCUGACGAUCGCCAUCAUCAUAUUGUGUCUCUUUCGGAAGCUUCACUGCACGAGAAACUACAUCCACAUGCAUCUCUUUGUGUCUUUCAUACUGAAAGCUCUGGCUGUUUUCAUCAAGGACAUGGUUCUGUACGAUGAUGUGGAGACAGAAAGUUGCCAGUCAUCUGUGGGCUGCAAGGCAGUGGUGGUCUUCUUCCAGUAUGGGAUCAUGGCGAGUUACUUCUGGCUGCUGGUGGAGGGCCUCUAUCUCCACGCUCUGUUAGCCGUCUCCUUCUUCUCUGAGAGGAAGUACUUCUGGUGGUACAUCCUGAUUGGUUGGGGGGCUCCAACCAUCUUUAUCUCAUCCUGGGUGAUUGCAAAGGUUUAUUUAAAUGAUCAUGGAUGCUGGGAGACAAUUGAUUACGGUCCAUGGUGGAUCAUCAAAACACCUAUUUUAGUCACCAUACUUGUGAACUUCUUCCUUUUCAUUUGUAUAAUCCGGAUUUUGCGACAGAAGAUGAACUGCCCCGACAUCGGAAGAAAGGAAUCCAAUCAGUACUCGAGACUGGCGAAAUCCACCCUGUUGUUGAUACCUCUCUUUGGUAUCAACUACAUCAUUUUUGCAUUCAUUCCUGACCAUAUCCACCCACAAGUCAGGAUGGUGUUCGAUCUUAUUCUGGGGUCAUUUCAGGGUUUUGUUGUUGCAGUUCUGUACUGCUUUUUGAACGGAGAGGUGCAGUCAGAGAUUAAGCGUAAGUGGCGCAGAUGGAUGCUGCAGAGGUUCCUGGGUGCUGACACUAAGUACCAGCAGCCCUCCAUAGGCAGCAACGGCAACAACUUCAGCACCCAGAUCACCAUGUUGACCAAAUGCAGCCCAACUACACGCCGGGCGUCCGAGUGUCAGGAGCACCUCUCUGCCAUCUGA